AUGGGGUCACAGUUUCUUCUUAUGAUUUUACAUUAUUGGAAAAUUCAACUGUCAACUUGGCGGCUUGUGAAAGAUGACCGGUGUCCUGUGAUAAAAAAACUACAUAUUGUGUGCCUUCACAAAUAUGGCAAGUCAAAUUCUGUGAUAGCAACUACUGUAGGCAGGUCUAGAAGCGCUGUGCAACGAAUUGCAGCUAAUUUUAAGUCAUCAGGAACGAAAGAUGCUAAACCCAAAACUGGUAGACCUCGUAAAACUUUACCUAGACAGGAUCGUAUUAUGAUUAGAAUGUCACUGAAGGAUAGAUUUAAGAGUGCUACUGAGAUAUCCCACGAAUUUGGCUACACCUCCGAUGUCAACGUGUCACGCAAAACAGUUUCUCGGAGGUUACAAGUUUCUGAAUUGCUUGCUCAUGCACCGGCAAAGAAACCUCUGAUCUCCAAGAAGAAUCAAAGAGCCCGUCUUCAUUUUUGUAAUUAA